AUGACCGUCAUCCAAAUUAUUCUGCUUGCCCUCUUCUUUUGUGCCGCUAUUUUGGAAUCGACGGGCGCUUUCCGCUACGACCGCUCAAUUAUCCGCCGAUUCGGACUGGCCAGAUACCCCGAUGGCUACAAUCUUGAUGACGUUAGCGCUCCGUUUGGAAACGCGUUUGGGGUUAGAGGUUGAUGUUCAUUGGACGAAUGAGAUACCCACAAAAUGGACGAGACACCCACAAUAUUCGCUCUAAUUUAUUGCACCUAAAUAAACGAAGGCAAUCGUGACGGUAUUCGUGAUAUUAACUUAACAUUUUUUUAAUUUACAAAUUUCAGUGAGAUGACAUGAUACAAAAAACUUGUAUCUUUUUUUGUAGAUUUUGCAAACAUGCAAAAAACUAUUAUAAUUUUCUUGGCAAUGAAAAAACUCGUAACAUUUUUUCGGCCCUGGACCUUUCACAAUCCUCACGGCUUUUGCGUUUGCUCAUAAUCUUUUUCAGCCGUCAAAAUUUUUUGCUUUUUUCGAGAGGAUAUGUUAAGAGUUUUCCUCAUGGUUUUAUCUGCGUUGUUGUAUAUGCAAUUCUUUAAAGAAAGAAAUGGUUUACCAACAACGUUUAGAAAAGCCUGGCUUUUUGCCAAAAACGAGAUUUAAUCCUAUGAAAAAACGCGCCGAACGUGUGAGCUUUUUUCGUUCUUGUUUUGUCUGGGAUGCGGCCAGUAUUUUUUAUUCUUUCCAGCCCUUCUUUUUGGCAAGGAAUGUCCGAAAAAUUAUUCCAUUUUCCUUAUCAAUUCCUUUGAAAGUUUAAGAAAGUAAAAGAUUAUUCACUUCACUUUAAUUUUCGCUUUUUAAAGUGUCUCCAUAUUUUCCCAAAUGAGAUAUUGCUCUUUAGCAAAGCGGCAAACAUAACGCUCUUUCGAAGCGCCGGAAAAGCGGGAAUAACUGUUAUUAAUAAAGCCUUCAAUCAGAAUUAAAUAGGGUAUUAGUGUCAUUGCCGACGAUCCUUUUAUUUGGCAAAAUUUGCUUGCCCUACGCGAACGUUUACUUCCCCAAUGAACUAACCCGAUUUAGAAGUCUCAAAUUUCUCGUGUUCUUAAUCUAAUGCCAGAAUUCGGAAGCAACGGGUUGGGAGAUAAGUUAGUCUGUCUUCAAGCGGUAUGUUUAACGGCAUUAACAGCCUUAAUAAGUGGGCCUUAGAUUUGGCGACACGGACAACGAUCCCCGGUUGGAACUUUUAAAGGGGAUUUAUAUCCGGAAAGCUAUUGGAGGAAGGGAUAUGGAGAAUUAACAGAGGUAAGCGAUUCGCAUAUCUUUAGUGCUCGCUCAAGAUUCUAUUCACAGCUGUCAUUUAGAAAGGAUUGGAACAGCACUACCAGUUGGGAAAGUGGAUCAAAGCCCGCUAUAUCGACGAGUUGAAAUUUUUACCCAUCAAGUAUGACCCAGCAACGGUCAGUAAGGAAAGAAUAAAUCUUAAUGUUUUACAGGUCAAUGUUCGGUGCAGUGUGGUUCCUAGAACAAUCGAAAGUGCCGCCGAGAAUUUUAGGGCUCUCUACGAACAUGACCCUGACUUUAAACAGCCAAAAGUCCACACCUUUAAAAACGAGGAUUGUGUUCACCUUCCGUUCAGAUGUUGUCUGAAGGCUAGAGCCGAGAUUGUCAAAUGUGGCAAUGGAGAGCCAAUGAAAGAAUAUAGAAAAAAAUACGAGGUAACUGUUUAAUACCUUGUUAAGAAAGUAAUAAUACUGGUGACCCAAGUCUUCUUUCUGUGACACACAACUGUAAUCACAUCCUUAUUGUAUUUUUAGACAGUCCUGCAAAAAAUGGUGGCUGCAACGGGCCAAAAGUUUGCAACAUUUGUUGACGCUCUUUUCCUGACUGAUCCUUUCACCACCCUAGUAUGUCGCAGCAUUCAUGCUCACAGUAGCUCACUCUUCGUUUUUUAGAAACACCAUGGUCUAAAAUUGCCAAAGGAAUUUGAAGACAUAUACGACGAAAUUGACAUGGCACACAGAGAUAGUUUGAAAAAUCUUUAUGGCUACAGUAAGUGAGUGCCGUAUUUUUGAAAUUUUCAGUUGGCCACACCGACGAGUCUCGCCUAGUAAUCCGGAAAGCAAUGGCGAGCGGAUUGCUCGAGCAAAUUGUUAAGAACAUUGACGACAAGAUCUCGGAGAAACCACAUGCCAGAGACAUCAAAUACUACGUCUUCUCCGCGGUAUGCAAUUAGAACCUAAAGCUUACAAGCGUAUUUCAGCACGAUACAGUUGUGUUAGCCUUGUUGGCCACGUUUGAAUUUGACAGACUGGACUACAAUCAGGACUUCAAUGUCUCGUUAGGGGCAUCAGUGUUUAUUGAGCUUUGGGAAAAACCAGAUGGAGAGCAUUAUAUUAAGGUAGGUUCCAGCAGAGUCAGUGCCUUGAAAACUACACUUUUCUUGUUAUGCUAUCUAGAAAAUUACGCGCGUUAUCAACAGUUACAUGGAAACUCACGCUCUUAAAAGGUUGCAUGCUUAACGUUUUAUUUUAUUUUAGGUUCUCUACCGCAGAAAUUCUGAAGAAAUCUAUGACAUAACCGGCGACAUCAAGGACUGUGAACAAUACAAGGAUGGAAUACCCUUAGAAUUCUUUAAGCAACGCUGGAAAAAGUUUAUGCAGCCUCAUGGCCCACAAUGCCGACAAAAUCAGGGCGGUUAA